AAGACCUCCCCCCGUACACACAGACAGACAGCCGGACAGACAGCCGCACACCCGCCGCCCAGGGGCGGCUGCGCCGUGCCGCCCCUCCCCAGCCGGCAGCGGCGGGGCUGUGAGGUCGGAGCGGCGGGGAAGAAGGGGAGGGCGGCCCCCGCGGGGGGUCGUCGCCAUGACGAGAAGCUGCGCCGCCGCCGCCGCUGGAGCCGCCGCUGUCCCUUCAGCACCGCGGCGGGAGGAGGCGGCGAUGGCGGGACGCGGGCGGGGGCCGUCAGGGCGCCGCGGCCGCUGAGGGAGCACGGUUUUUACUCCCUGUACACCCUUCGAAGGAGCUCACUAUGACAGGGCAGAGUCUGAAGGCUUUAUCUGAGGCAAAUUUUGAAGACAAUGAGAUCAGCAUCAACGUUGGAGGCUUUAAGAAAAAGAUGAGAUCCAACACAUUGCUAAGGUUCCCCGAGACCAGACUGGGCAAACUGCUGAGCUGCCACUCGAAGGAGUCGAUCCUGGAGCUCUGCGAUGACUAUGAUGACACCAAGAACGAAUUUUAUUUUGACAGGAACCCUGAGCUCUUCCCUUACGUGUUACAUUUUUAUAACACUGGCAAGCUCCAUGUGAUGGGUGAACUCUGUGUGUUUUCUUUCAGCCAGGAGAUUGAAUAUUGGGGAAUCAAUGAAUUCUUUAUAGACUCAUGCUGCAGUUACAGCUACCAUGGGAGGAAAAUGGAGCCAGACCAAGAGAAAUGGGAGGAACAAAGUGACCAGGAAAGUACCACAUCUUCUUUUGAUGAGAUUUUGGCAUUCUACAAUGAUGCCUCUAAGUUUGACAAACAACCCUUUGGAAACAUCAGGAGGCAGCUCUGGCUGGCUUUGGAUAAUCCUGGCUACUCAGUCUUAAGCCGAAUCUUCAGUGUCCUUUCAAUAGUGGUGGUGCUGGGCUCCAUCGUGACCAUGUGCCUGAACAGCCUCCCAGACUUUCAGAUUGUUGACAGCAACGGGACCCCCGAGGAGGACCCUCGCUUUGAAAUCGUGGAACACUUUGGUAUUGCAUGGUUCACUUUUGAACUGGUGGCGAGAUUUGCAGUAGCUCCUGACUUUUUAAAAUUUUUCAAGCAUGCCCUGAAUUUGAUUGACCUAAUGUCCAUCCUACCAUUUUAUAUUACCUUAAUUGUCAACUUGGUGGUGGAAAGUAGUCCAACCUUGGCAAAUUUAGGCAGGGUUGCACAAGUCCUGAGACUCAUGAGGAUCUUUCGCAUCUUAAAGCUUGCUAGACACUCAACAGGUCUCAGGUCUCUUGGAGCCACCCUGAAGUAUAGCUACAGAGAGGUAGGGCUUCUUUUACUUUACCUCUCUGUUGGCAUCUCAAUUUUCUCAGUCGUAGCUUACACCAUUGAAAAAGAAGAGAAUGAGGGGUUAGCCACCAUCCCUGCUUGUUGGUGGUGGGCUACGGUUAGCAUGACCACGGUUGGCUAUGGGGAUGUUGUGCCAGGGAGCACUGCUGGCAAGUUGACGGCAUCUGCAUGCAUCCUAGCCGGUAUCCUAGUGGUAGUGCUUCCCAUUACACUGAUCUUCAAUAAAUUCUCCCACUUCUACAGGCGUCAGAAGCAGUUAGAGAGUGCCAUGAGAAGCUGUGAUUUUGGUGAUGGCAUGAAAGAAGUUCCAUCGGUCAAUUUAAGGGACUACUAUGCUUAUAAAGUUAAAUCCCUUAUGGCCAGUCUUACCAAUAUGAGCAGGAGUACCCCCAGUGAGCUGAGCCUGAAUGAUUCACUGCAUUAGUGUACAAGUUUGACAGCAGUUUGCAUGAAAGCUAUCAAGAGCUACGUUUAUGAAUGUUUUCCUAUUUGUGUUUUUUUUUUUUUUCCUAGAGGAUAAUGUUGCUGACACUGCACUAACUUUGCACUUGAGAAACUACAGAAAUUUAUAUUACAAGUUGACAGUUUGCACAUCCUCAUCCUGUUGCAUCGGUACUGAAUGCUGACCCUUUCAUACAAGUGUUACCACUCCCAUGGCAUUAGUGCUAGCAGUAUAGUGAUGAUUUAUUACUUUGUGCACUUCCUCAUUUGAGCAGAGAGAUGAGUGUACCCGAGUGGAAUAAAAAUUCUCAGCUGUG